UACGCUGCUCCACUGCCUCGUCGCCGUGUCGAAGGAGAGGGCAACAGCGAAGAGCAGCUUUCCCGAUCUCGAUUGCGAUGAUGCCAUUGGCUGAAAAGGCACCAAUCAUAUGCCGCUGCAUCGUGGGGCGUCAACAAGGUGCGUCAACACGCAGAGACGAUGGACGCUGCUCAUGUCGUCGUCGCCGUCGUCGUCGGUGCCCUCCUUCUCCUGCUAUGGCCGCGCCGCCAGCUCUUUGAUCUGAAGGACAAGGUCGUCGUCAUCACCGGCGCCGCCUCGGGCAUCGGGCGCGGCUUGGCCAUCGCCAUGGCGCAGAAGGGUGCUAUCGUGGCUUGCGUGGACGUGGACGCAGGUAGCCUCGAGACGCUCGCCCGCGAGUACCCGCGUCUGAGCCACACCUUUGUGUGCGACGUGUCCGACCACGCGCGCGUUGUCACCUGCUUGGCCGAGGUCGUCGCCGCUCUCGGGCGCAACGUCGACGUGCUCAUCAACAAUGCUGGCAUCGUCCACGGCAAGCCGCUUCUCGACUUGACCCACGACCAAGUCCAGAAAAUCUUUGGCGUCAACACGCUCGCCCAUUUUUGGACCACGCAAGCCGUGCUGCCGUCCAUGCUCGCACGCAACAAUGGCAUGAUUGUGACCAUGGCCUCGAUCAUGGGGCAGAACGGCGCGGCGCGGCUCACCGACUAUUGCAGCUCCAAGUUUGCGUCCGUCGGGUUUCACGAAGCCCUGCGCAUGGAGCUCCAGCAUUUGGGUAAACCCGGCGUGCAUACGCUCCUCGUGUGCCCCAUGGGGGUCGACAGCGGCAUGUUCCGCGGCAUCUUCACCUCGGACCACUGGUGGCCGCGCUUUGUCCACACCUACUUGAUUCCGAUGAUCACGGUCGAUGACGUUGUCGCGACCGUCAUCGAGAGCAUCGAGUGCAAGGACUACGAGCUUCUCACGUGUGCGCGGUCGUGGCACCGCUGGGUCUUGCCGCUCGUCACGCGCGGCGUCCGACUCUUGCCCGUGGCUGUCAUGGAUCUUGUCCUCAGCCUCGGUGGCGGCCGCGACGGCAUGAACCAUUUCCAAGGCCGGCAGAGUGCUACUACUGCCAAGUAAUUCCAAGUGUUGAGUUUCCCUCGCCUCAUCCUACCAUAACUCGCUCAGAUUUCAAUGUAUGUUCAAUAGUACAAGGAGAACUUUGGAAGCUAUUCA